UGCACAUAAAUACUGCUUAUUUGCCACACAGAACGUGCUUGUUUUGGCUUAUCGUGGAGCAUUCUGAAUAAGAAGGCUUCUUUAAUGUUAAUAUUUUUACAAAAAGAUUGACGUGCGAACGCAGCUUAACUUCCUCCCUGCGCAGCAUUGAGGUUCACUCUGCGUCCAACAACGGAGGUCGUUAGUUGGAAUUUAGAAUUUUCAUUAAGAUGAAGACUAGAUUAAUGAUUUCAAAAUUUUUACUGGUCCUGUCGUGGUCGAGAUAUUUUUCCAGCGUUAGAACAGCUCCAAUCUCCGAUUUAACAACAGAUUUUAAAUUUUGGAAUGACACUGAUACCUGGGUCAAAGACACUGUUGAACCCGUGGAAUACUUUCCCAAAGACGAAGGCUUCAUUGAGAUGCCCAAAGAGGCAAGCAUCGUCACCACGACGAAACCUACAACGACGACGACGACCACUACUACCACUACUACUACAACCACCACAACUCCUACUGACUACUCAAAUCUCAGUGGUGUAGUAGGACGGAAAUUACUCAGUUUUACGCUCCAAGAGGAUUUUGGGGAAAGCAAUUUGCCCAUCGUGAGAAGAAAGCGCGGCAUUCCUGCUUCGCGCCGAGGCAGAGCAGCAUAUAGCCAAACUGCAUUUUCGGCUGCACACGACAGAUCUGAUUAUUCUUCUUCAGAAGAAAAAGAAGAGGUAAAAAAUGAAGCAACAACCAAAAAGCCAAAUCAGCAAAGGACGGCCAAAAAACUUACAACGAUGAUGACACCAGCACCAACUCUCCUGAGUAAAACAACAGUGACGACGCAGAUCACGAAAAAAACACUCGCAAAUCAAAAUCAAAAACCUACAACCACCUCAAUACCAGUCACAACGACAGCAAUGCCGACAACGACAGCAAAACCGACAACGACAGCAAAAACGACAACGACAACAACCAAAAUGCCGCAACCUACUAAACCAAGUCAGACAACAACCUCAACUACCGAAAAAACCCAUCCUCCUCACCCCACUUCCCCCUUUCACCCAACAAAACCAGCAAAGCCUUGUAAAACCCCGAAAAAGACAAAAAGUGAAAAAUCUUCAUCCAGAGAGGUGAUUGGAGUGGGCAGUGACGAAGGGUCAAGUGAAGAAGAAGAGUGUUCAGAGGAUGGUAACCUUGUAACGACACCAGCACCAACCACAACAAAAGCGACAACGACAGCAACACCGACAACGACAGCAAAACCGACAACGACAGCAAUGCCGACAACGACAGCAAAACCGACAACGACAGCAAAACCGACAACGACAGCAAAACCGACAACGACAACAAUGCCGACAACGACAGCAAUGCCGACAACGACAGAAAAAACGACAACGACAACAACCAAAAUGCCGCAACCUACUAAACCAAGUCAGACAACAACCUCAACUACCGAAAAACCUCAUCCCACUCACCCCGUUCACCCAACAAAACCUACGAAGCCUUGUAAAAACCCUAAAAAGACUCGAAGCAAGAAAUCUUCAUCCAAAGAGGUGAUUGGAGAGGGAAGUGACGAAGAGUCAAGUGAAGAAGAAGAGUGUUCAGAGGAUGGUAACCUCGUAACGACACCAGCACCAACCACAACGAAAGCGACAACAACCAAAAUGCCGCAACCUACGAAACCAAGUCAGACAACAACCUCAACGACCGUAAAACCCCAUCCCACUCACCCUAUUCACCCAACAAAACCUACAAAGCCCUGUAAAAACCCGAAAAAAAUAAUUGGAAGCAGUGCUGAGAAUUCAUCCGAGGAGGGAGGUGGAGAAGGUAGUGGCCUCGGGUCAAGUGAAGAAGAUUGCUCAGAUGAGAAUGAUGAUAUGGAAACACUCCCGUUGAUUCCUGAAGACUUUUGAUAUUGCAAAAAAAACAGUUUGUUGGCUUUAAUGAAUUAAUAAAUCUCUGUUA